AGGUAAACGAGGACCCGUAGUGACGUCAGCACACGGUCCACGUCACAGCGGCAUCAAGAUGGCUUCGGAACCGAACAAGACGGAGAUCCUGACCGUGUUCAAGAGGCUCAGAUCCGUCCCGACCAACAAGGUAUGUUUCGACUGCGCGGCGAAGAACCCCAGCUGGGCGAGCAUCUCGUACGGCGUGUUCCUGUGCAUCGACUGCUCCGGGAUCCACCGCUCCCUGGGAGUGCAUCUCAGCUUCAUCAGGUCCACCGAGUUAGACUCCAACUGGAACUGGUUUCAGCUCAGAUGUAUGCAGGUUGGAGGAAAUGCCAAUGCAACGGCGUUCUUCCGCCAGCAUGGCUGCUCCACCAACGACACCAACGCCAAGUAUAACAGCCGUGCAGCCCAGAUGUACAGAGAGAAGAUCCGGCAGCAAGCCAACGCCGCGCUGUCCAAAUAUGGCACAGAUCUCUGGAUCGACUCUUCUCCUGCAGGAGGAACUCCGGCUGCUCCCGAGAAGAAAGAGACGGACUUCUUUGCAGAACACACACAGCCUGCGAACGAUUGGAGCAUGGCGCCGACCUCCGAGCCGCAGCAGAACGGAGCCGCCAUCACUCCACAGCUGACCGACACCUCGGCUAAAGUCCAGGAUGAGAACCAACCGGAGGACGGGCCCAGCAUCGACGGGCUGAGCACGUCGCCCAAAGCUUCCAUCGAGGACUCCAUGCGUCUGUCCUCCCAGGACGGAGGACGGACCCCCAAAGAUGUGAAGCCUUCCAUCAUCGGGAAGAAGAAGCCGAUGGCUGCCAAAAAAGGGCUCGGUGCAAAGAAAGGACUCGGCGCUCAGAAGGUGAGCAGCAAGAGUUUCACCGAGGUGGAGAAACAGGCGCAAGUGGCCGAGAAGAUGAGAGAGGAGCAGGCCGCCGAGGCCAAGAAGCAAGCCGAGGAGUCCAUUGUGGCCUCCAUGCGUCUGGCUUACAAAGAGCUGGAGAUCGACAGGAAGGUGGAGGAGAAGAAGCUGCAGAACCUGGAGGGCAAGAAGAGGGAGCAGGCCGAGAGACUGGGCAUGGGCUUCGGCAGCCGGAGUGCCGUGUCUCACUCCGUGAUGUCGGAGAUGCAGGUGAUCGAGCAGGAAACUCCCGUCGGAGCCAAGUCCUCCUCUCGCUCCAAACUGGACAUGUUUGACGAGCCGGGUUUCACCUCUGGACCCCCAAAAUACAAGGACAACCCGUUCACAGUGGGAGACAGUUUUGGAUCGCGGUGGGAUACCGACGGAGGCAGCGCCUCCUUCACCACCUCCUGGGCUCUGGAGAAAGAAGACCCCAAAGAGGAGGUCACCAUCUCCAGUAUUCAGCCAAUCGGAGAGAGGCUGCCCAGCAGAAGGAAAGCCGAGGUGUCGGCUCCGGUGUCCGAGUCGAGCGAGGCCAGACAGAAGUUUGCAAACGCCAAGGCGAUCUCCUCGGACAUGUUCUUCGGACGCGAGAGCAGCGCAGAGUAUGACGCUAAGACAAGACUGGAGACCAUGUCAGGAAGCUCCUCCAUCAGCUCAGCCGACCUGUUCGGAGAGGGCAGCGACCACAAAGGGAGGGCUUCAGGCUUCGACAGCGUGCUCCCCUCCGGUCCGGACAUUGCACAAUUCAAACAAGGGGUGAAGACUGUAGCGGGCAAGAUGGCCGUCCUCGCCAACGGCGUCAUGAAUACAAUCCAGGAUCGUUACGGCUCGUACUGAUCGACCCGAGCUCCGACCUGUGGGAAGACAAACUAACCAACGCCUGUGUAGAGCCGACAGCCAGAAGACGGGACGAGAGAGAGACGGGAAGCAGAAAGGAAAACAUCUCCCGUCCUCUUUCAGAGACAAUUUUCCAGGAGUGAGACAGUAUUUCCUUCUCUCAUUCUCAUCUGCAGACUCUUGAGUUUUAUUUUCAUAACGGAAACCAUCGCAGGGUGUAAUCUUUUCUAAAUCCAGAGUCGCGUUGUAAUUCACCGUCGAGGAUUCUUUGGUUUUUAGUUUUCAAAAAUGACGUCAGAGUUAAUUCUGCUAUAUUUUAUUCCUCCUACAUAAAUCAAAGUGUUUUUAAUUCUUAUUAUCCAGAUACUUUAUGCUUAAGUCUUUUUUGUUUUAUUGCGAUAUUAAAAAAUCUGCAGUAUAUAUUUUCAACUUUCAGCGUUAAUUUGAACGGUUUGACCUCGAUGUUUGCGUUCAGUGUUCGACUCGUCCGCAGGUUACAGCGACCGUCUUUACAGCGUCGGGCGAUCUGUGAGCUCGGAGCGUCUGACGUUUGAUGUCCGAGCUGCUGAUUAUUUAUUAUGUCUUUUUAAAAAACAGAAACGACCUCCAGCUCGUUCAACAAACACAGAGCGAGGAAUCAAAGAUUUCUGAAUCGGGGAUUAAAGUAAAGAAGGAGUCCGAGCUCAGAGAACGCCGACGCUGUUCUGACUGUUCGUCCAUUUCACGACCUUCGACGUGUUGCUGGUUGGAUCUGAAGUCCGCGUACCUCAGCUCGACGCGCUGCCUUUGUUUGUUCUCUGCUUUUGUUUUGGAAGGCUGACGUCUUCGGUUUACAUUUUUACCUCUUCACCUUCACACACGUCGGCCAAUAUAAAAACAUUCACACUGCAUCACGACGGCUGUGCCUGUAACGGACGAACGAGGAAACAUUUCAGUACUUCUCCAACUCUUUAGCCGCCACAUUAAACUCCCGGAGCGAGUAGCAUGCAAGUGAACACAACAAAGUCAGUCGAGUAUAAAACUUUGACAUCACCCAAACCUUCACGUUCCCAAAAGACGAGAGGUCUGGAAACCGGUUUGUAGUUUUUAUUAGAUGGAUCAAAGCGUGGCCAUGCCUGUGUGUCCCGACCGAGAGAAACUCUCCAAACAGAAACAAACGUGGACCGACACCGAAACCAUGAAACGUUCAACUAUUUAUUUGUAGGCUACAAAAAGAAACUUAUUCAGUAUGUUAAUAAAGAUUGAAAAGCUC